CUUUUGUUUUGAUUUUUUUGGGGAAAUAAAGAAAGUUCAGCUGAAAUAAUGACCUAGUUUAAGUGCCUUAGGCCUCAUAUGUCUUCCCUCCGUCCAAGCUCCAUCCUUGCCACAGGCGGCGUAUUCUUAGGAUGCUGCAGUGGAAUCAUUUUCUUAGAGCUCCUGGUGAAACUUGAUCCGGGAGCAGGUAAUCUCAUCACGGCCGCUCAGUUCGUCUUUAUAGCCCUAGAGGGUUUUAUAUUUACCUCUAAUUUUGGUCGGACCCAACGUAUAAUUAGUCUAAAGGACUAUGGACUCCUGGUGCUCAUGUUUUUCUUGACGAGUGUCUGCAACAACUACGUGUUCGAGUUCAAUGUGCCAAUGACACUGCACAUGAUCAUACGAGGCGGCUCCCUCAUAUCGAAUAUGUGUCUCGGCAGAAUUUUACUUAAGCGACGUUAUACGAUCAGCCAGUAUAUAUCAGUUAUUAUGAUAAGUGUAGGCAUUUUUAUAUGUACAUACUGCUCCAGCCAAGACCAAGGGCAAGGAGUUGGGAAUAGCGAAGGGAAUUUCUUCUGGUGGCUAGUGGGCGUUUUACUUCUCGUAUUGGCUCUCUUUGUGUCAUCCUACAUGGGCAUUACCCAAGAGCUUCUAUAUCGCAAGCACGGGAAAUGUGCCCGGGAAGCCUUGUACUAUACUCAUCUAUUGCCAUUACCUGCUUUCUUGUUCAUGUACGAGAAUAUUAAAAAUCAUUGGUUUAUGGCUUUUCAGGGUGAAACUAUAAAAUUGCCCUUAUUAGAUCUCUCAGUACCUUUAAUUUUAGUUUUUCUACUGGCAAAUGUGCUUGCUCAGCAUCUGUGCAUCAGUUCAGUUUACUCUCUGACCACCGAAUGUAGUUCACUUACCGUGACUCUCAUUCUGACUCUGCGUAAAUUCAUCUCUUUGGUAUUUUCGAUCAUUUACUUUCGUAAUCCCUUUACCUUGUACCACUGGUUUGGCACAUUCCUUGUCUUUGUGGGCACAUUAAUGUUUGCUAACAUUUUAAGACUGCCACGCAGAAAAAAUGAUUAAGCUUUAACUUUAAAAAAAACCACCAUUCCAUUUUCACA